AGCAUCUACUAGGCUCCACCACCCGGGGGCUGCGUCGCAGUCUAACAACUGGCCCCGGACGAUGAAGGCAGCGCAGCAGCAGCAGCAGCAAGGUGCUGCAGACAGCAGCAGGGCGAGGACGACGCCCCGGCUGCUACAGUGGCAGGGUACCGAACCUCUCCCAGCCAUACCCGACACAAAUUAUGCUGCCUUCGUCUUGGAGAUCAUGGCUGGGCAUGGCGACGCUGUGGCUGUGGUGGAGGCGGAGACGGGCAGACAGCGGACCUACAGGGAGGUGUGCGGGCUGGUGCCGCGGGUGUCAGCCGGGCUGGCGGCCGCCGGGGUCGUCCCGGGCGAUGCUGUGCUCUUCGUCACUCCCACCAUCAUGGACUACCCGCUCGUGCUUCUCUCCAUUGUGCACCGCGGCGCCACCUGCGUCCCCGUCAACGCCAACCUCUCAAUCGAUGAGUUGGUGCACGUGGUGAGGGUGAGCAAGGCCAGCUGGGCAGUCGUCCACGAAGACUCCCUGGAGGUGGCCGAGGCUGCCUUCUCCCUCAUGCCACCUGGCACCCUACGGCAGCUGUGGGUCCUGGGAGACUGUGCCCCACACAGACCUAACCUCACCCACCUCAUUACCUACUCCCCUGAGCCUCCCUUCACUAAGGCGGAGGGGCUGGAGGCGUCGACUGCGGUAGCCAUGAUGCCCUUCUCCUCGGGUACAACUGGCCUCCCCAAGGGCGUCAUGCUCUCUCACCGUAACCUGCUUUACACGCAUAUUCGGACCAUGUAUGAAAGAAGCCUCCAAAAGCGUGGUCGUGGUGUCCUAGGCAACGCUUACAAGUCCGUGCUGGUGAUGUUGCCCGUGUGUCAUAUAUACGGCCACCUGAUGGUCCUUAUAACCCUCCAUCAUGGGGGCGCUGUCGUCUUCCUCAGGAAGUUCACACCCAGGAAAUAUCUCCAAGCUAUUCAGGAUUUCAAGGUAACAUUCAGCCCACUUGUACCCCACCUGGUCAAGUUCCUGACGGAGACGCCGCUGCUGAAGGAGUAUGACAUCUCAUCCGUCAAGUACUUCCAUUCCGGAGCCGCCCCCCUCACCGCCUCCACUGCCACCUCCUUCACGAAGAAGAUUCGCCAGCCCAUCGGAGGAGGCUACGGAAUGACGGAGACUAGUGCGGUGAUCUGUACCAAUAGACCCUCUGGUCCCUACAAUGUUAACUCUGUUGGCAAAGUUGCACCCUACGUGCAAGUCAAGGUGGUGAAUGUGGAGAGCGGGGAGCUGGUGGCUGAGGGCGUGGAGGGCGAGGUGUGUGCGAGGGGCCCCAACAUCAUGCUCGGCUACGCCAACGACCCCGUCGCUACGGCGGCCACCAUAGACACGGACGGCUGGCUUCACACCGGUGACAUCGGCUACUAUGACAAGGACGACUUCCUCUACCUCACAGACAGGAUCAAAGAUCUCAUCAAGGUUAAAGGAUAUCAGGUGUCGCCCACGGAGCUGGAGAACAUCCUGAGGAAGAACGAGGGCGUGGACGACGUGGCGGUCGUGGGCGUGCCCCAUGAGAAGAUGGGGGAAGCACCGCGGGCGUAUGUGGUGCCCCGGCCGGGCUCCGCCGUGCGCCCUCACCACCUGCAGCAGUUCCUCGCUGAGCGGGUGGCCCACUACAAGCGGCUGGCAGGCGGGGUGAAGCUGGUGGCGUCCAUACCAAGGAACUCCACAGGGAAGGUGCUCAGGAGGCAGCUGGUGGAGGGCCUGUCAACCCCAGCUGCUAAACUCUAACCUUCUUCAGGUCCUUAAUUAACAGGUGGAGGAGUGCCUUGUGAGAGGUCCCUUGUCAGCCACGUGAAGGCAGGAGAGUUUUCCUCUGUUUUAGCCAUGAAUCACUUAGUGAUUUAAUGAGAACAUUUUAUUAUUUGAUGUCAUAUAUUUUUGUACAUAUUUAAUUUUAGAUAUUCUUAAGAUAUAAAUAAACUAUUUGAUACAUAAAUUUAGAUAUAAAUAUACUAUUUGAUACAUAAAUUUAGAUAUAAAUAUACUAUUUGAUACAUAAAUUUAGAUAUAAAUAAACUAUUUGAGUAGUAUUGAGAGAAGGAUGUGUACUACUGUACUCGAAUGUGUGAGUGAAUGUGUUUAAGGGUCAACAAGGGGUCAAGUACGCAACCUUGUUUACAGACUGUUGGAGUCAAUGAUGUUGUUUACAGACUGUUGAAGUCAAUGAUAAUGUUUACAGUCUGCUGGCUUCAGUGAUGUUUACAGACUGUUGGCGUCAGUGAUGUUUACAGACUGUUGAAGUCAAUGAUAAUGUUUACAGUCUGCUGGCGUCAAUUUUGUUUACAGACUGAUGGAGUCAAUGAUGUUGUUUACAGACUGUUGGCGUCAAUGAUGUUGUUUACAGACUGUUUGCAUCAAUGAUGUUGUUUACAGACUGCUGUCGUCAGUGAUGUGCGUCUCUACAGUGUCCUGUUAUUUUCGUAAACUGUGACAAUUGCCUUUCACUAGUACUGAUGAAAUUAAAUAAUCAGCUGACUAUUAGUAUGUAUUAAAAUUUAUAUUUCUCCAAUAUUUUAUAUAUUAUGAAAUUAUACAAAUAUUUUAACAAUUUUGGGCGUAUAUUUAGAUUAUAUUGUUCACUGCUUUUCACUGGACAGGAUUUCUUUAUAUUUGAUUAAUAUACAGUUUGACAGAUAGUGUUUAUUAUGAGAGCGAAUCCAAUCUAUUAUUGUUUUUAUUAAGGCAAGUUUUAUUAAAACAAUCUAUUAUU